CCCACAUGCGUGGCUGUCAACGUUGUGGAUGAGUCUAAGUUGAGUCUCCAUCUCGUUUGAGAGGGGCCUUCCGGCAUGGUCCCGUAUUUUCCCAGAACCUGGAGGGGCUGUUAUAGACUCCUUGGUCCGGGACGAGUGUCAUAGGGUACAUGUAAUAAAAAUUGGAAUAAUGCGUCAGUAGCACAUUGUACGCGGAGGUUUACGUAGAUGAACAGGUUCCCGUGGUAGUCCGAAUCAACGCUGUCGACUGAACCGGAGUUUGGAAUCUCCAAGUGUUUUGAAGGAUCCGAGAUGGUUUCAUUUCCCUCCGUGCGGGGAUAGAUUCUAGAACGUUCGACCCGGAUGAUGUGCUGUGUUUCUUUUUGCGUUGCGCAUGAAUGCCGAGGGUAGGACGGUUGUCAAUGUUACCAGAGUGUGAGGAACCGAGAGGGUUCAUUUGACUUUGUGCGGGGAUAAAACCCGAGGUGCAAGUAGCACAUUGUGCUCUAUGAUCCCGGUAUGGACGGCAAAUAAUCGGGAACUUUGCUGGAAUGAAUUUGAGAUGGUUGUGGCGAGGGUUAAACACAUCGUGUCAAUACGACAACGAUCCAAGCAAGAAGGGAACGAAGAGAGGACUCGUCACAUUCGCACUCAUACAGGCGAAAAACCCUUUGUCUGCACUUUUCCAUCUUGCGAGAAGCGUUUCUCUCGCUCAGACGAACUCACAAGACAUUCACGCAUUCACAACAACGACAAUUCUCUGUCUGGUGCUUCAAAUGCCAAAGAUGAACACACCGGCCCAGGCAUCAAUCUACAUUCCUUGUCUCGCUCAGACCCUCAAGGAACUUCUAUCAGAGUAAAGAAGAAGGCUAGAAGUAGAGCGAACAGCGAUGACGAGGCUGAAUCGUAUGCCCGACCAACGUCACUUGCCUCUUAUGAGCCUUCUCACCCAAGACGCUCUCAAACCCAUAUCCCAGUCUCAUCAAACCCUUCCGCUUUUUCAACUCUGUCAAGUCUAGCAAUGGAUGAGCUUUAUGCACUCGAACGAGAAGAGGCCCUUCGUCGCGCAGAAUACGAAGCCCGUCAUGCAGAAGCUCUUCGCCGUGCAGAGUAUGAAGCCCGGAACGCCGAGGCAAUUUACUUCCGCGGACGUACAUCAAAAAGUGCUUCCAAUUCCCCCGUCCACUCCACAAUAUCUCUCAAAACUGCACCUAGUGACGGCUAUUUCGGUGUAUCAAGCACCCGUGAUUGGAACGAAGACGAAGACAUCAGAUCUUCAGACAGAUUCAUGCGCGCAAAACGAAGAAUGAGCGGCCCUGCUUGGCAAAUGACUCCUAUGUCACAAGACCCCCGCUCCGUCCCUGCACUUCCACCUUACCCCGAAGCUUCUAAACCCCGCACCCUGAACUCAACCCUUCAUCCCCCCGCUUAUCGUCAUCUCGUAACACAUGAGGAUUCUCCGUCACCUUUGAGUUCCGAUUCUGACACUCACGUCGCCGCACAACAUCCGCAAUCCCGUGCCACAUAUCCUGGCCCUGCCGAGUUCUCCCCACCCUCAGGCAUCAAAGCUACAGAAUUUACCUUUACACCAAGUACAAGCCCGUUCCUUGGCCCACUGCGCACCCUCAAUCUUCAUUCAGCCAACCCAUCAAGGGCCCCAUCACCCAUCUCGCUACCCCCCGUGGAUGUGCCUAUCAGCCCAAUAGACGAACCUAUCCGCCAACGCUCCCGUCGUUCCAGCAUCGUCAGCAGUCCCCCAACCCGCGGUGCUUUUUUCCCGGCUUCCCGAAAACAAGGUUCAGGUUCAUUCGAACCGAUUCCACAUGUAAGAACAUACCCCGGUCAACUUUCUCUCGCUGCCCAAGCCCAAGUUUCCGAGCGAGCCUUACAUAACCUCCCGACGCCUCAACUUUCAAGUGGGCCGAGCAGUAGUGGGAGCAGCCCAGGGAGCUCUACGUAUCCGUUGGUAGGCAAUGGGAUGUACAGCUCUAAACCGGUGUUUGAGAGCGGCGCGAUAACUACAAGUCCGAGUGGUUCAAGACCGAAUUCGCCCCCUCACCCCCACACGAACCACCACCUCGCAUAUUCCGUCCGGAUGGCAUUUGGAAUGACACCCAUCAACGCUAGCCACCCACCCCGAAACACGAGCUGGCCGAAUUCGCAUCACUUGGGUAUGGGUAUGAGUACGGGUCUGAAGAACAAAGCUCGGAGUACGACGAAUGUGUUUGCGUCGAAUUCGGUGCCUGCUUCGAGGAGUAAUUCGCCGCCUAUUACUUUGCCGCCUUUGAAUUUAGGCGCGAGCGAAAGUACGGGCGAUAAGGAGGGAGAAGGGGAGGGGGAGGGGCUUCCAAUGGAUCUGGAUGAGGAUGAGAGUAGUAGUGAUGAUGAGGGGACGUUUAUGAACACGGGUGGUGGGAAGAGGGAGAAAGUGGAGCUUCCUGGUUUUAAGGAGUUCGAGGCUGCUACGAGGUCUGGGAGGUGA